AACGAACCAGCACCAAGGGAAAAACUUUUGGUCGUGGGCCAGCGAGAAGACUAUCUUCAGUGCCGGUCGUGGGGGCCGUGGAAGAUGGAGUUCUGUCAGAUAUUGUUACUUCUCUUCCCGGCUUUGGCCUGGGCUCAGAUUCCAUACCAACGACCUGCUGGGUACCAGUCCAGCCAGUAUAACGGCUUUCCAGGGGGCAACAGGUUCCGACGCCCUCAUUCAGGAUAUAGACCAGUGUACACGGACCCUUUCCCCGGCGCGCAGUACAAUAACGACUGCGGGAACCAACUGCUGACAUGCGUGGAGACGGAAGACUGCAGCAAAAAGGUGGACGCGAAAGGGCAAACCGAUGGUCAGUUUUGCCCCCCUUUCUUCAUGUAUGAAACGAAGCUUGGCUACUGCGCCACCGUCGAGUUGGAAGCGAAGAACAACCUGGAUGCAGUACAGGCGUGCGAGAGCCAAGAUUCCAGGCUCCUGUUCUUCGAGAAUUCUGCGGAAUUCAAGCAGAUUGGCCAGAUGAAGAAGGACAAGGAGACCUUUUUCUUCGGCGAUAAAGAGUACUGGCUGGACGCUUACUACGACGACAAGAGCGAGACUUGGAUCAGAAGGACCACCCGGGAACCCAUUAUCUGGGAACAGUAUUUCUCGCAACUUGAUCCGAUCCCGGGCAUGACGACCAACAUCGAAGUCGUCCGGGAGAUUGACACGAAGCAGCGCUGUCUGACGGUCAUUUUCAACGACAAACACCCAGAGCUCUUGGAGGUUGCGAAGGCCAAGUGUUCCGACGAUAAGCUGAUUGCAUGCAAGCUAGGUUUUUAUACAAACAAAUGCCGGGAUAACAAAAAGAAUGUGUGCUGCUUUUCUCCCACUUCUGACUACUACCUGAAGAACACUUACGGAGGUCCCGGCAGCACCAUUGGAGAGGCAGAUGCAAAUUGUUUCCUGGAGAUUAUCAAAGGAGCGACGACGGUCAUUGAGCCGUGUGAUAAAGUGCUAGCCACGCUGGAGCCAACGGCCGACGCCAACACGAAGCUGAAGAUCCCCUUCCGCGUCGGGUCGUCCUUCUUCUAUCUGGACGACAAGACGUGCCUCGGGAAAGCCGAACGCAAGGCCGUCAUCUCCGACAGGAAGGUCCACAACUUCAUCUCUCGCUACCUGGUCAUGGCCAACCUCAUGAAGGCCGGGACCUACGACUCGUUCCUCGUCGGCCUCCAGUACAAGGGCCACAUCCACAAGCUCAUCUGGCAGAACGGUCGGCCCUACGACUACUACAACGAGACCUUCUGGAACGGCUACGAACCCAACUUUGACAAGUUCGGCGACAGCGACAAGCCAGUGUGCGGCCACUAUGUCGUCUCGCCCAUCGAGUAUGAGUACAAGUGGGAGCUGACGGACGUCUGCGCACCGUCGGCGAAGGAGCCCGCGGUCUGUGAGCUGCCCAUCCGUUUCACCGACCUGAUGCCGACGACGAAGAAAGUGGAGUGCGGGAUGCGUCACCGGCGGGGCGUCCUGGCUCGCUCCGCCUACGCCUCGGGACACGAACUGCAGGCGCUCUAUGGGGAAUUCCCUUGGCAGGCGGCCAUCUAUAAGGUUCGAAAUCUCGGUGGUUUGCAAAGUACCUUCGUGUGCUCUGGCGUCCUCAUCGACAAGAGCUUCGUCAUAACCCCCGCGCACUGCGUCGUGGGUCCUUCCAAGGACUUCACGGUGGUGCUUGGGGAGUACACAGUCGGGGGCGGAGACAGCAUUUUGGAGAGACAGGUGGCGGGCGUGAGUGACAUCCUCGUCUAUCCAGGCUACGAGUCGACAAACCCGCUGGUCCAUGACAUCGCUCUGGUACAGCUGGACCGAGCCAUCGCCCUCGACAACUACCCUCAGAUCGGCUUGGCUUGCCUGCCUCAUCCGGACAUCCUGUACCGGAAUACGGGAGCUUGGGACUGCUUCACCGUUGGCUGGAAAGGCAAAGCCGGGGCCCUCCAGCGCGUAGAAUCGAGUCUUUUGUCGAAGCGCGACUGUCGUAUCCACACUCGCGCAUACCACGAGUACCACGAGUACAUACGGAAGACUCCCUACGGCUACGGCACUUCAGGCUACGACAAGGUGCACGGCUACCACUAUGCGACGUAUCAGAAACACCACUACUUCAGUGGAAGCACUCCUGAUCUCCUUUGCACCGAGUCGUUUGAAUCCAAGGCUUGUGUUGACGACCCCGCGGCCGUGCUAGUGUGCCGCCACGCCGCUCUCCACGCUGACACCUUCUUCGGCUUCGGCAACCGCGGCUACCGCUACCACGCCCACCGGGGCCACAAGAGGACGAACGCGCGGAUCGUCAACGCGUACGGCAAGUACCGGCUCGACAGUGAGAAGUGGUACGUCAUGGGCCUCUCCCACAGCCUCUCCCCUUGUUCCGACAAAGGCCAGGGGAACUACAGGAAAGGAUAUAGUUCUCAGAGGAAGGACAUCGGCGUGUUCACUCCCGUGCACGAGUACCUUCCCUUCAUACACGCGUACCUGGAUGCCAAGAUUACGUCUGAGCAAAAGACGAAUUAGGAGGCGCAGGGGAAACGAGCGGUAGGCACGGGCCAAGGCUGUUUACCACGCAAACUAUUUUUUUUUCAUAACUUCCCCAAUAUUCACAAUCUGUAUUGAUGGAUUUACCAAUAAACUAUCAGGUUUAGUUA